UUUUUUUUUAACUCUUAUUGCUCAGGAUAUCAGAAGAACUGGGCUUCCCCGGUCACACCGCGGCCACCGCACCGUGCUGACCCGUGGCCCUCGCAUCCCCGGGACACACACACACACACACACACACACACACACAGAGCCCCUCGCUGCCUCCAUGCCCCAUAUUUUUGGGGGAAAAGGGGCUUUCUGGGGGGAAAAAGAGUAGGGGGGGGCAUCUCCGGGCUUUGCCGACAGCACCUCCCAAGCCAGAGACUGCAGGUAAUGGGGAAGUUCGGUCUUUGGAUGCGGAAAGGGAGUGGAAAAUGGCUCCUUUUUUGGUUGUUGUGUUUUGUUUUUUUUUUUUUCUCCCCAUCCCUUUCCUUUCUCCCUCCAUCCUUCCCUUCCCCUCUCCCCCCGUCCCCUCCAGCUCUCCUCCCCAGGGUGCCUGCACAAACACCAGGCUUAAACUCAGUGCCCGGAUGCUCUCUGUCCCCUGGGAUGGGGGGAAAAAAUAAUUAAAAAAAAAAAAUAAAAAAUAAAAAACCCACCAAAACCCCAGCCCUGUUGUCUUUCAGCAGGCGUCUGUCCUUCCCCCCUCGCUUCAUCCAGGCGGGUGGGUUUCAUUUUUGGACGGGCUGCCGGGGGGGCCGGGAGCGGCGGUGUCGGCAAGGGCGUGCGGUAUUGACCCCUUUAUUUUUAUUUCUUUGAGCAGGAUGGCAAACUACCAGGGAAUAAAUGAAGCGGGCUGAGAUGCUGGUGGGGACUUUUUUUUUUUUUUUUUUUUAAAAAAAAAAAGGCAAAAAUUGCAGGAGGGAUCUGCAGUCUGUGCGUGAAAUCACCCUUUUAUUCCUGGCAUCAGUAAGUGUGCGACAGCCUUCGGCAAAUCCACCUUUUCUCAACCUAACUCCUUCGUCCUCUGCAGCUGUAACAGCUUUGCUGCUAGAAAAAAAAACCCAAAACAUAAAUCAACCCACACAUUGGGAUCCUAAUAUGCCUGGUGCUUACAGAGGAAGAUGAGGAAGGGGUCAGGGAAGUGGUGGAAAUUUGCUUUGUAAAUUAUUUUUGCAAAGGAGAGCACCAAACCCUCUUCCUACAGCUGGGAAAACUCACGUUUUCCCUCAAGCACAGUCUCUGAGCACUGGAGAUUUGCGUAGAGAAAUAACUGGGUGAUUUAUCCUCUUUGAGAAGGAGGAGCAAUUGCUAUGGGGUUUUUCGGGAAGGGUGUCUGGAAUAUUUGGGACAGGAGUCUCUGGGAAGGUGAAGGAUCAUGUAGACAAGCACCCAGGGUUUGGUGUAGUAGGAAUUAGCUGUUAGAUAAAAUCUAGGUGAAAAUGAAUUUUAGGGUAAAGAUCUCUCAGCAGUGUCGUCUGCGGGUUACAGAAAUAUGUUCUUCGUGGGCUGGGUUUUAUCUUUUUUUUUUUUUUUUUACAGAAUUAUGCUGUCUGCAUUUCUGUUUUCCACUUCUGCUUCCUCCUCCCCAUUAACUUUUGGAAAAACAAACAAACAAACAAACAAACAAACCAAAACAUUGUUCAGCCUGAUUUGAUAGAGGCAGAGGGUACAAAGUUCCUGCAGGACUUGGGAAAAUAUGUGGCGGAGUAAAGGAUGGAGGUUUUUAUUAGCCACCUGUCCCCACGCCUUACCCCCAUUUUGUGAUUCAGCUUAGCCUUUCUGUUAGCUUAUUAGAGAAUAGUAGUGAUUAGAUUAUUAGAGGCUCCACAGGUUAAUAAAAUAGAGGGAUUUGCCUGAAGAAUCCAGCCGACAUGCAAAUCCAUAGGCUGCAGGUUGGUGAUGGGUCGCAGGCUGGGCUCUGCUUAGGCGGGGGGUUACCUCCUUUUUUCAGGGGGUCUGGUGGCACCAGCCAUGGAGCCGUAUGUGCUGCUGGACCCGCGACAGAGAGCGCUGUAUCGCGACGUCAUGCAGGAGAGCUACGAGACGCUGAUGGCGCUGGAAUUCCCCGUUGCCAAACCCGAUCUGCUGUCCCGCCUGGACCACAGGGAUGAACCCACAGCCCUGGAUCUCCACGUGCCCAAGGACACCCCGGCUGCAGAGGACGAAGCAGGAGGAGAGCGGGAGCCCCCUCGAGAAGAAGCUGCUGAGAAAGAGCCCGAAGGGAUGAAACCUGUGGGCCAGGAGCAUCCUUCGAGCCCCACGGAGGCCGGGGCGAAGGCGGGGAGGAGCGGGGGACCAGGGGAAACGGCCGCACGCCCGGGCGAGAGCCAGCCCAGCAACACGUGCGGCGAGUGCGGCAAGAGCUUCAGCCAUAAAUCCGCCCUGGUGAAACACCAGAAGAUCCACACCGGCGACCGUCCCCACGAGUGCCCUGACUGUGGCAAGUGUUUCAUCCAACGCUCGGACCUCACCAUCCACCAGCGGGUCCAUACGGGCGAGCGGCCCUAUGCCUGCCCCGACUGCGGGCGCCGCUUCAGCGUCAGCUCCUCCUUGCUCACCCACCAGCGCACCCACGCGCCCGGCGGCGAGAAACCCAACCGCUGCCCCCAGUGCGGCCGCAGCUUCGCCGAUCCGGAGGCUCUCGACCGGCACCAAAAGAGUCACUUGGGCGGGAAACCCUACGAGUGUGGGGUGUGCGGGAAAGCCUUCGCUUGGAGCUCCCACCUCGAGCGGCAUCGCCGCAUCCACACCGGCGAGAAGCCCUUCCAGUGCGCCGAGUGCGGGCGAGCCUUCGCCUGGAGCUCCCACCUCGACCGCCACAUGCGCACCCACGCCGCCGCCGCCGCCGAGGAGGAGGAGGAGGAGGAGGAGGACGGGGAGGCGGAGGAAGAGCCCCCGCCGCCCCCUCAGAAAUGCGCCGACUGCGGCAAACGCCUCAACCACCAAACGGACCCCCAGCGCUUCAAGCACAAGGGCACCCAGACGCCGCCGGCCGGUGCCGAACCCGCCGGCGACUCCCCGCGGCCCCACCGCUGCGAGCAGCGUGGCAAAUGCUUCGGCCAGAGCUCCAACCUCCUCAAACACCAACGCGUCCACACCGGCGAGCGGCCGUACCCCUGCCCAGACUGCAAACGCUGCUUCCGCUGGGGCUCAGCCCUGGCCAAACACCAGCUCACCCACACCCGGCAGCCCCAAACCGGCGCCGCCGCCGCCAAACCCCCGCCGGCAACCGCCGAGGAAACCGGUGCUGGAGGCAGCGGCAAACCUUACCCGUGCGGGGCGUGCGGGAAGAGUUUCGGCUGGGUCUCGCACCUCGAGCGCCAUCGCCGCAUCCACACUGGGGAGAAGCCUUUCCGCUGCGGGGAGUGCGGGCGGGCAUUCGCCGUCAGCUCCCACCUGGAACGGCACCGCCGGGUGCACACCGGCGAGCGGCCCUACCGCUGCGGCGAGUGCGGGAAGAGCUUCGCCGUCAGCUCCACUUUGCUGGCUCACCGCCGGACCCACGCCGCCCAACCGGGCCGGCCCCACGCUUGCCCCGAGUGUGGCAAGGGGUUUAGCACCCCGGCCAGCUUGGAGCGGCACCGGCGGCUUCACCGGGGUGAAAAACCCUACCAGUGCGGCGUCUGCGGCAAAGGCUUCGCCUGGAGCUCCCACUAUGACCGGCACCGGCUCACCCACACCGGCGAAAAACCCUUCUCCUGCGCCCACUGCGGCAAGUGUUUCGGUCGCAGCUCCCACCGCAACCGGCACCAGCGCGCCCACGCCCAGGGCGGCCCGGAGAAGCGGCACGUCUGUCCCGAAUGCGGCAAAGCCUUCGGCCUCGGCACGGCCCUGGCAGCUCACCGGCGACUGCACGCCGCCGGCACCGGGAGCCGCAGCCCCCUCUCCUUGCUGCCGCCCGCAUGGUGGGAAGGCGAGAGGCGAGGGGGGACGCCGGCACCCCCUGAUCUCUGGCCCGAAGAGCCCGGAUCUGUUUUCCAGCAGCACCCCGUGCCUUCCUCCUCUUCUUCCUCCUCCGCAGCCCCCAGGGGCUGGGCUGCCAAGGCUCUCCUGCCCCCCACCGUGGCGUGGAGACCCGGGGAGGGGGACACCCCGCAAAGCGAUGCCUCUGCCCCCCAGGAGCCCUGGGCUUCCCUGCCUCCCCCCAGCUCCUGAAAUGGGGCUGUGGGGACCAAGGAGGGGGCGGGCGCUCAGAGCCACCCUCCGCCUUUGGGGUCACCCCGCAACUGAGGUGGGAAGCUGGUC